CAACGCUAAUCGCAGAUUGAGAAAGUGUAGUCAACACCUAUUUAUUUACGUUAUUGUUUUAUUUAAUAAAAAAUGCUUAAUGCAAAAAUUGGCAAGGUUGGCAAAGUGUUGGUGUGUGGCAUGAAAAAUGUGGGAAAAACAGCACUCAUCGAGCAGUUGGUGUAUGGAAAUAUCAACGCCGAUACUGAACUGCAUCCAACAAUUGAGGAUAUAUAUGUAGCAAGCGUGGACACAGGACGUGGUGGCGCACGGGAAACAUUGCGCAUCUACGAUACGGCUGGCCUGCAAGGUGAACAAGCGGCACAGCUGCCGCGUCAUUAUCUUCAAUUUCCAGACGCCUUUGUGCUAGUCUAUGAUCCCACUGAUCCGCGCAGCUUGGAUAUGUUGGCAGACAUCAAGACAGAUAUAGACAAGCAUAAGGAGAAGAAAGAAGUGCCUGUAAUUGUAUUAGCCAAUGUUCGAGCGCGCAGCAAAAAGGACACGCCGCCCGCCACGCCAAAUCCUGUGGAAUCGAUAAUGGAUCGGGCCAAUAAUUGGUGUCAACGAGAACGCAUUAAGCAUUACACAGUCAAUGUUAUGGAACGCCCCUCGCUGUACGAGCCCUUCACAAUGCUGUGUGCCCGUCUUCAUCCGCCACAGACGAAGAGCACCUUCCCACAGCUGCGCCAGGUGAUGCAGAAUCGACAGAAAAGCGAGGUUUAGCAAGUGCAAUCUACUUUGUUCCAUAUGUGUAUUUAGAGAGUAUAUACACAUAUGGAACGAAAUAUUAAUUUAGUAAUGAUUUGACGAAGGAAAUGACUAAUGUGGAAGUCUGCUAGCAUUACCCGCCCCAUUGAGUCCAUUACUCUUAUUAAUAGGCUAAGCAAUGCCGUUGCUCAUGCAAAUGUAUAAAGUGUACUAAGUAUAGAUUACUGUGAACUAUC